AUGAGUCCUGAAAUAUUAUUUUUGCAAGGAAAGAUUUCUCCAAAAAGUGAUAUUUAUGGAAUGGGACUUGUUUUGUGGGAGAUAAUCGAAAGAAAAUACGUGUUCAUGGAAUUUAUCGAAAACAAUCGGUUUCAAGUUUCAAGUUUUAAGCACAAAUGUCAUGGAAUGAAUCUGAAAGAAAUUGAUCCUUUGAAUUCGAUUGAAGAGUUAAAACAACUCGUUUACAGUUGCACCUCAUUUGAUCGAGCUUCUCGCUGGGACGCAUCUCAAGGUUUACAGCACUUGAAAAAACUAAAAGAAAAAUUUGUUCUCUUUUCCAAGCUGCCCGGUUCUUCAAAACCAUCGAAUUGCACUCUUAAACAAAUUUUCACAAUAGAUGAAAAUCCAAAUGAAAGCUUUUCUUCUACGAGUUUACCUUUAGAAGAAAAUCAACCAAAUGAACAGACUAUUCAACCGCUAAUCAAUUCAUAUCCGUUAGCUAAAAAGAUGAUUCAACAUCAUGGCAAUAUCAAUGAGUUUCUUAUCGAGGAAGGACCGUUGGAAAACUUACUCGAAAUAAAACAUCUUACACAAGCCAAAAAA